AUGGCCGGCACACGAAACUAUGACUUUCUUAUCAAGCUCCUGCUGAUCGGCGACUCGGGCGUGGGCAAGUCGUGCUGCUUGCUGCGCUUCAGCGAGGACUCGUUCACGCCGUCCUUCAUCACCACCAUCGGCAUCGACUUCAAGAUCCGGACCAUCGAGCUUGACGGCAAGCGAGUGAAGCUGCAGAUCUGGGAUACCGCAGGGCAGGAGCGCUUCCGCACCAUCACGACCGCCUACUACCGCGGUGCCAUGGGCAUCCUGCUGGUCUACGAUGUCACCGACGAGCGCUCCUUCAACAGUCAAGCCACAGAAGGAGAUCCCCCUCCCCAUGAGAAGGACAACGAGGCUAACGGCACGCGCCCCUCACGCACCCUCCUUGGGGGUGCGGGGCGGGGGGUUUGCGUCGGCGCAACAGACAUACGGACUUGGUUCUCGAACGUGGAGCAGCACGCGACGGAAGGCGUCAACAAGAUCCUGAUCGGCAACAAGUGCGACUGGGAGGAGAAGCGCGCGGUGUCGACGGAGCAAGGGCAGGCGCUGGCCGACGAGCUGGGCAUCCCCUUCCUCGAGGUGUCGGCCAAGAGCAACAUCAACGUGGACAAGGCCUUUUACUCGCUGGCGGCCGACAUCAAGAAGCGCAUCAUCGACACGGCGCGCAGCGACCCGGCGCCCGGCCAGGGCAGCAGCGGCGUCAACGUCAACGACUCGGGCGCCAACGCGGGCAUGGGCGGCAAGUGCUGUUAG